AUGUUUUGGCCAGUUCUCGAGAAGUUUCGCCGAGAGCGCAAGCCUCGAGAGCCCCUUCCCAACGAGGGGUCAGACCCCAAAGAGGAGCUGCCGCAAUCGACGAUGGCAAAUUUCAUUGAGCACCUGCAAGGACGCAACAAGAAGCCAUCGACAAACCCCAUCGUCCAGGGAUUCACAUGUACUGCCUGCCAUGACCUGAUCACCGAUCCAGUUGCCGGCGACGGCGGCGAUGGAGUAAUCAAAACCAAGCUUGGACACCUUAAAUCGAGCGCCAAAUCAGGAUGCGCCGCAUGCACAGCCAUCAGACUGGCAUUUAAACAUUUUCGCGCCACUGACGACUUAGUCGGCUGGCAAGAUCAUUGGCGUUUGCAUAGCGAAAUGCCGGAAGAUAGUGAGAGCGCGUUCGCGGCACGGGGCGAGGACUACGUACCGCGAAAUAAUAUAAAACACAUGUGGAUCGACGCUGGUGAUUUGGACGUCGAGAUACAUCGCUCACAUCCUAUUCAACUCUACACGUGGAUACCCAGUCCGUCUCCUCCGAAGGGUAUCGAUGUCGAUCGGGAUAACAGACUUCAGCAGGCGCUAACACCUCUGCCGCUCUUCGGCCCAUCAUACGACGUACCCAGACGCUCCGAUGAUCCACAUUGUCUGCAGACGGCGAGGGGGUGGAUGGAGGAUUGCUUGUCUACCCACCCUGACUGCCAUGGAAAGAAGGGGUUAGCGAAACCCCAGCUGCCAGAUAGGGUUUUGGACAUAUCUGCGCAAGGCGUUAGAAUCCUGGAAGGGACUGCCAUCGAAGCCGACUAUGUCACUCUCUCAUACUGCUGGGGGAAUCCGGAAACGCAGCGACUGAAAACGACAAAAUCCAAUCUUGACCGGCAUCGCCACGAGAUCAGCUGGAAUGACUUGUGCAAAACCCACCAAGACGCCAUAACCGUAUCAAGAGCGCUUGGGUUUUCAUACCUUUGGAUUGAUGCGCUCUGUAUUGUCCAAGACGAUCCCCAAGACUGGGCAGCCACGGCAUCCCGUAUGGCUGACGUCUACGAAAAUUCCACAUUGACCCUCUGCGCUAUCUGGUCCGCACACAGUGACGGCGGCCUCUUCUCAGAUCGCUACGCGGGCCGGCGAGACCUUGACGACCCUGCUCAAAAAAUGGCCACUCCGCACCGCGUCCGGGCUAAGCCGCCCAUCAACGCGCGUUUGGCUUUCAAGCAGCAUUUCUACGAUCAAAAUAUGAAGGAGGCCCAAGACUUAGGCAUUGCACCAACGACCGACUCAGAGCCAUUGCUCACCCGGGGUUGGUGCCUGCAGGAAAGGCUGUUGUCCCGGCGCACCCUGAGCUUCACGCGCGAGGAGAUGUAUUGGGAAUGCAAAACGAGGAGGAGAUGCGAAUGCAAGGAGGCUGAUAGACGUCAGCCCAAGUCUCGAACUGUAGACUUCUCACAGACUAGUUCCACCAGCCAUGCCGUGCUUAGAAAUUCCGGUACUGUGGGGGGGGAAAGCAGCGACUCCGAUGCGUGGAGAGACCUGGUGACAACUUAUACAGCAAUGUCGCUCACUUAUUCGAGUGAUAGACUCCCCGCACUUUCCGGGCUAGCUCACCGCUUCUACGAGACCAAGGGCGAUUCAUGGGCUUCGCGUGAGGGCCAAGCCAACUUCUCCAACUUCGAACCCGACACCGACUUCGAGGUACUCGAUGCCUCCUGCACCUACGGUACCGAUAUCUGCGGUCACUGCAGCGAGGGCUCCCUGACCGCCUACGGGAGACUUGUGCCGGCGACUCUGAAGCACAAACAUAUCAAUCGAGACCCCGACUCACUCUUGGCGGACAAGUCACUCUCGACGCAAAAAUGGUUGAGGGCGUACUGGAUAGAACAAGAUGGGCUGUGGGGCUACAUCCAAGCCGACACCGAACUUGGAGUGCCUGGACAUGAAGACUUUCUACCGUCUGGUAGUCCAAUUUUCUUGCUUAGGCUUGGGUGGGAGUCUGUUGAUUUUGCGAGGGCCAGCUGUGGACUGGUGUUGAGAUAUCUCGAGGGUCGUGAUAGAGGCGCCACGCCUUCUCCGGGACACAGCACACUCGACGAGCUGAAUUCUCACGGCAGGAAGCCGCGAACCCUCUUACCCCUCCCACCCCCUAGAAUCACCUCUCCAGCUACUGAAGCCUGUGAAGAACCAGGCCCUUCACCCCAACGGCCAACAGAUGACUCUUCAGAACGUCGUCCUCGCGAUUCGGACGUCCGAGGAAGUUCACCUAUGCCGGCACUUACAUUGUGGGCUGAAGACCUCCAACUAAUGCAUCAUUACACGCUGGUUACGUGCCAUACACUACCGAGGGGCGACGAAGUACUGCAUAUUUGGCAAAGCGAAGUCGUCAAGCUUGCCUUCACCCAUAAUCCCUUGCUACACCAGAUCCUAGCCUUCUCGGCCUUCCACAUGGCACACCUUAAUCCGGACAAACGCCAUCAAUACUCCGUUCUUGCCCUGCAGCACCAGACCGAAGCCGCCCGCGGGUUAAGAACAUCAUUGGCCGACCUUGCUGUCGAACACUCCGAGGCGUCUUUCGCGGCGGCGUGCUUUCUCAUCUUUGGAGCCUUUGCCCGGUUGUCCCUCAGCUCUGCAGCCAGAGGCGACAACCCCCGACCAAUGUUGGCUGAUCUGAUCAAUGUCUUUACAUUUGUCCGCGGGAUGAACAUCGUCUUGCACGAAUCAAAGAGCAUCAUGCAACAAGGCUGCCUUGUCGAUCUCUUCAGACUACCGGUGUAUACGAACCCCGUAUCCCCUCUCGAGGAAAUGUGUGAGGAUCUCGAAAGUUUAGGGUCGCGGAUACGUCACGCUGGCAUUCAAUAUGACCCGGCCGUCGUACGCAUAGUUGAUGGCGCGAUAUUCAAACUCGUCAGAGGUACUCGCGACGCCAUAAGAACAUCAUCGACACCCGAGCUGCGCGCCAUCUCUCUAUGGCCCAUUGUCCUAUCCGACGAGUUCUUGACUCUGUUGCAGGAAAGGCAUCCCCUGGCACUCAUAGUAGUUAUGUACUACUGCAUUAUCGUCCAUGAUUCCGAGGCAACCGCAUGGUUCACGCGUGGCUGGGGGAAGAGUGUGGCUUCGGAUAUUAGAAGGCUUUUAUCGCCCUCGCAUAUGAAACUUUGUGAAUGGGUGUUUCACCACAUUGGGUAUAUCGAAUGA